AUGAUUGAUUCGGUACAACGGGCCCAACAUGCGAACCAUCAUCCGGAUAGUAAUCUUGAAGUUGUUAAAAGAUUCUGCUACCUACUGGGAAAAUCUAAAGAAAGUUUUGAACUCUUGAAGAGUGAUUUGCUUACCAAACGCCUAAGGUUCCAGGCCAGAUGUAUUAUUGUUAAUCUUCUUUCAAAGCAUGAUGCUCUUGCUUGGACCUUAGAUCUUAAGGACACUAUAGUGCAAUUGAGGCACGUAUUGCUGCAGCAUGGAUCCGGUACAUCAAAAACAUUUCUUUCGAUUUCGCCAUGGGAUAAGAUUUUGAUCGAGGCGGAGUCAUUCUGCAGGGCUGUUGGUCCAAUUAGGUGGCACUUUUCUACCAGUCCACUGGCCCAUACCCUAGAUAGCCCUCGGGAAUUGUGCGAUUGGAUAGCAUAUCCAGAUUUUAAACCUAAAGGACCUUUGCAUGUAGUUAGGGCAAUUAUCGUUGGAGCUAACAAAAAUCAGGUAUUAUCUUAUUCCUAUGUCCUAACUAGUGGUAAUAUUUAUUUUUAA